GCCGUGACGUAAGCGCUGGGAGAAAGUUCCCGGAUGGAUGUCAGGAAGCGCGAUGCACAGCUGCAGAAGUAAACAGUGAGCGGUUAAAUGUGUGUUUUUAACGCGGUGUGCUGGAUUCAUCCCACCUGGAGCUGACACAGCUGUGCACUGUGUGUGUGUGAAUGUGUGUAUGUGUGUUACAUAUGAACGAGGGACGUUGGCCGAGUGACUCGGACCUGCUGGAUGAAGCGGGUUCCACCAGAGUUCCAGACCAGAACCAGAACCUGCAUCAGAUCCGAAUGCUGGAGGAGGAGGAGGAGGAGGUGCGGGGAGGACACGCCCGCCUCCAUCACGACCUCCACCAUGACUUCACAAACAACAACGGAGCAGGAGAAGAAGACGAGGACGAUGAAGAAGAAGAAGACGGAGGUUCCAAAAUGGAGGAAGAGGAAGAGGAAAUGGACAGUACCAGUGGAGCGUAUUCUCCUGAACUGAUACGAGAUUCAUCAUCACUGAGCUGCAGUCCCUCAGUGUGUGAAGGUCCUCUGAGUCCUGAGGAAAUCCCGGUUGGUGUUUUUUCUCCUCGUGAUCUCAGUCGCUUCGUCUCUGAGUCUCUGCGUGUGUUAGAGGAGAGAGGAGAUGAUGCCGCGCUGCCACACCGCCUCCAUCAGAUUGCUGAGUGUCUGGUGCAGGAGGACGACUAUGAGAGAGCCGUGCACUUCCUCCAGCUGGAGAGACUGUACCACGAGAGAGUGCUGUCCAACAUCGCCGCCCUGCAGGAGACAUGGGAGAGCAGGUGGAGGUGUAGUAGGUCUGUAGAUAACUCCCUUCCUCACAGUAAUCUGAGUUCAGAACAUCUGGACAAACUGAAACACAUCUGCAUGACACACAGACAACCGACAUGGAGGUCCGACACGUCUGAACUGGUACACAGGAUCAGUGUGAAUGGUGAGAGCUGUGGAGAGAAGAACAUCACGUCAGAAUCUCCAUGCAGCGAAAAGUCGGGGAUGUUGGAGGAGGAUGAUGUCUCUCCCAGUGACAGCGGCGCUGCCUGUUUGGCCCAGCAGAGGGAGCCGACACACGUCUGUGACUCCGCCUCCAGCCCGCCCACUUCCUCUCCCCAAGCCCCACCCACCUUGGUAAUGACAGAAGGCUUCUCGCCGGCAACCAUCAGAGAGGAAGCCGAGAGAGAACAAGUGAGAGAGGGAGAGAAAGAACAAGAAACAGAGAGGACACCUCAAGAAGUUGGAAAAGAAGUGGAGCCUGGAGGAAGUGGAAAGGAGGCGGAGCCUGAAAGAGGCAGGCUGGGGGCGGAGCCUGAAAGAGGCAGGAUGGAGGCGGAGCCUGCAGAAUCUGACCCAAAGAGAGAAGGGGUGACGAAAGAAGGAGGAGUGGAAGCAGUGUCUUACGAUCAAGGAGCAGAGAAACAGGAAAAGGAAGUGGAACAGGAAGAGGAACAGGAAGAGGAAGCUCUGGAGCUCGAGGAGGAGCUUCAGAGGCCAGAGGACGCCAUGUUGGAUGACCUCGCCAAGCGCAUCCAGGUGGAGGAGAUCUCUCCUGCCUCAGGUCUCGUCUCCAUCCUGAAGAGAAGAGUGUGUGACGGAGGAGACGACAAUUCCUCCACCAACAAACCCCUCACUAAACGCAGAGUCCGCUUCCAUGUUCCUGAGGACGGCCUGGAAAAUGAUGAGGUGGGCGGAGACUCCUGGCUCCUCCUGCUCCUUUUGUGCCUGGUUACCGUGGUGAUCAGUGUGGGUGGGACGGCCCUGUAUUGCGCAAUCGGCGACGCCCACUCAAGUGUGUGUACGGACUUUUCACACAACAUUGAUUUCUACAUGGGGAAGGUGCAGCGCAGCGUGGACGACAUCACACACUUCUUCUCCUCCUCUAGCUCAUAGCCUCCAUCCCUCUCUCUCUCUCUCUCUUUCUCUCCAUCUGUCUCUCUACCUCUGCCACUGUCUCUCCAUCACUCUGGAACAAAAGAUCAGCCUGUCAAAAGAUGAGAGACGGAAUGAGAGCGCUGAUUUUUGAGGAUCUGAAUGGAUUAGCUGGUGUUGAUGAUGUCACAACUCUGUACUGGUGUUGAUGAUGUCACAACUCUGUACUGGUGUUGAUGAUGUCACAACUCUGUACUGGUGUUGAUGAUGUCACAACUCUGUACUGGUGUUGAUGAUGUCUCACAUCAUUUCCAGGCACAGCAUGUCACUUAAAAUCCGCUUUUUUAAAACUUCUUUAAAUUAGGUCUAAUUGAGACAGAGCAAGUCGUAUUUUUGCAGUUUUUAUCUUAGCAGGAAAUUAGCAUGUACAGAUUUCAAGACGUCAAAGAGGGCGGAGCAUGUGACAUUUCUAAUAGCGGUUCUUUUCGCUUCUUAGCAUAAAACUUCUGUUUUAUUUACUGUUUAUCUAUCGUUAGCUUGCUACCAAACUUGGCUAGUUACACAACGUCACCCAGCUACUGCUACAGCCGUAAGGUUAACGUUGGCUAAAUAAAAUCGUUAGCUGGCUAACGUUAGCCCGGUGUUAGCCAUUAGGUUGUGUAAUUACAUUGUGUACUUCUAUCCAAAGAAGGCUGGUAGUGAUGUCAUACUAUCAAGUUUUGUGAUUGGCUGAUCGAAUUGAACUUAAGCUCCGCCCACUGCAAAAUCAGUAUGUGCGGGAAUUUAUAUCAUUUAUCGCUACACACUUUUAAGUCUUAAAUAUCGAGUCUUAUAUUAGUUAUAACAAUUUCUGUUUUUUACCUUGAUUAUUAUCAUGACACUAUGGAGAAAGUGGAAUAAUGAUGUAUAAAUAGUUAUUUGUGACAGAUUUAAGUGGUUAGGAUUAAAAUAUAUUGUAGUAUAAGGGACAGAAGAGCAAUAUGUAGUAAAAAUGUAAAGAUUUUUAGAGUAGUGGUAUGAGGAGAGACAGGUUGUGUUAUUUAACGCUGUUUUUGCUAUUAGUUGUGCUCUGUGUGUGUGUGUGUGUGUGUGUGUGUGUGUGUGUGUGUGUUUGAGGGGGUGCGAUGUUUCCUCUAUGCUGUGAUUGAUAAAUAAACACAAAGCUCAUCCUGAUCUGCUCUUACAGCGGAGGCUGCGGGCUAAAUAACGGCUAACUGACUGAUCCACACCUGCAGCAGUGUAGCUUAUAGCUAGCUAGCAGGAAGGCUACUUAAUUAAUCUGAAGUUUAAUAAAUAAUUUAUAAUCACAACACACAUUAACUGCAUCAACAUUAAUUAAUAAAUGAGCUAAUCCUGUUGCUUUCAAGCACAUCUGCCUCUCUGCUAAAUAAGUUCAAAUUAGUAGUUUAUGUACAUCAAGUUUAAGGUUUAUCUUACUGACUGCAAUGCUAGUUAACAUGUCAGCACAUUUGCUAUAAUGCUAGUACCUGGGUUAGCAUGUUUGCUGUAAUUCAGUUUCACAGUUCGGCCCGUUUGCGAUUUUUAGCCCGUUAGCUGUAAUGCUAGCUCCUGUGUUAGCCCGUUAGCUGUAAUGCUAGCCCCUGUGUUAGCCCGUUAGCUGUAAUGCUAGCUCCUGUGUUAGCCCGUUAGCUGUAAUGCUAGCUCGUGUGAUUAUUUAUUGACAGACACUCGUGAUUUUAGAUUUUAUAGAUUUUACGGUGUGAUUUGUAUCAGCUGAAUUAUUUUACAGUAUUUAAUUAAAUAUAAAUUAUAAUAAAUCAUGGCCGAGGCUUCGCGUCCCUCAGACUGAACACACACCUCACAGAGCCUCACAAACUCCCAGGUUCAUUUUUAAUUUUAAACUUUUAAUUCAUGUUUUUUCUCUUUUGUGUGUGUUUGUGUUUAUUGUCUGUGGUGUUAAACUUUAAUCCGAGCGCACACACACACACACGGUGUCUUCGGGCUGCUGGAGCCGCAGCUGUGGGAGGGAAAGGGUGUGAUGAUGGCGGUGAUUAUUGCGGUGUUUGUUUGCACUCGUCCUCUGGCCGGAUCAGACGGCGGUGUUCAGUAUUUAUUUUAACGUUAAAAUCAACAAAAAUCCAAAUCUGCAUUUAUUCGUUCGUGAUGACGUCAUCUCUCCUGCUCUGUACCUGUGUAAAUGAUCAUCAGUGUGGUUUAUUUAACCUCCUCAGAUCUGAUUAUAAAAUAUAAUUUCUGUUUAAAACACUGAUUUUACACUACAGUGUGAUUCUGAUGUAUAAAAGUGUAAAACUCAUUAUUGUGUCAGACACUCAGCGGGGCGGAGCUUCGCUCUGAUUGGCUGUUAGACUCCGCCCGGUAACCAAUCAGAGCGCUCAGCCUUAGCGCGUGCGCGUGAGAGGAUGCUGUACUGGGCAUUACUGUAUAGAUCAGUACUGUGUGUUAUGUCGUGUUAUAGCGCGUUAUGUCAUCUUUAAGACGGGUGUUUUUACUGAAGUAUCGAGUGCUUAGAACCGCACUGUGUUUAUUACUGUUCCACUGCAUAUUUAAAUCAAAAUAAUCAGAAGAAAUCCAAUAUUAAAGACAGAAACAUUUGCAUAAUGAAAAACACUUCUGCUUUUCUGUGUUCAGUGUUUAUUAUUAUUAUUAUUAUUAUUCUUUUAAGAAAUUAUAUUUAUUACUGAAAUAUCACACUCAUUACUUCUGUCUGGUUCUAAGUCCUCGAUAUGAUUAUUUUUCCUCCCCAUACUGUAAAAAAUAUUAAAGGGGAAACUCGAUGAGAUCAAAUACACACAGUUCUUAAUAAAUCAGUUUUACUGUGA